AUGCCGGACGUCGAGGAUGUCAUCAUGCCCCAAGACAAUGGCCGUCUCCUGAGCGCCGCCACCGACUGUGUCAAGGCCACCGGUGAGUGUGUCGCUAAAACAAAGUGGGUCAUUGAGCGCAUUGGCGAUUUCGAGUACGAAUUUGAUGAUGCCACUCUCGCGUUUGACCUGGAUCUGUCUGUCUUGGACGCUGCGGCUGCCGAGAGCACGGUCCACAGCCCCCUGGACACGUCCGCGCCGCUUGUCAAGGACGAGCGGCCGCAGACGGCCGGCGGUUCAGCGAGCGUUGUCGACUCGGUUGUCUCUUCGUCAGUCUCUGCGGCGCCUGCUUCUGUGGCCGCCACUACGUCCGUGGCCACCUUCUCUACUUCCCUUACCAGCAAUCACGAACCUAAUUCUUCCGUUGAUGCCACGACGGCCUCUGCACCCACCUUUUCCUCCGCCAACUCGUCUCCCAGCAAGCGCACAACGCGCUCCACGCCCUCCAUCGACAAGCCGCUGCCUGAAGUCCCCCAGGGCGUUACGUCGCCGAUCGAGGAGAAGCGCUUCUCCCACCACCGGCGCUCUCUUUCCAUCGUGCGCCCUCCUUCGUUUGCCGCCGAAGACAGCACCAGCUCCAUGAACAGCAACAGCAACAGCAUGGCCACGGCGCCGGCUCCCGAGGUGUUUAUUCGCCCUACACUGCCGCCGCUGCGGCGCAUUUCGACGCUGCUGCCCAACGACGACUUCAGCCCAAUCGAGCCGUCUGCGAGCAACGACGGCGAGUUCACCUCGUCGUUCCGUUCCGAGAGCCUGACGGCUCUGAGCUCUGGCACAACCAGCACGUACGCCAGCCGCGAUUCGGAGUCCAGCCUUGUAUCGCAGUCCUCGACGCGCGCCACAACACCCGAGAUGGCCAACAACGGUCCGAAGAGCCAGCCGUCUCUGUCGGACAUCAGCAUGACGGGUAGCGGCACGCUCAUCGAGGAUGGCGAGGAGGAUGUCGAGUCGAAGCUUCUCGAGCGCACCUACGCACACGAGCUGAUGUACAACAAAGAGGGCCAGGUUACCGGCGGCUCGCUCCAGGCUCUCGUGGAGCGCCUGACUACACACGAGUCCACCCCGGACGCCAUGUUCGUGUCGACGUUCUAUCUGACAUUCCGCCUGUUCUGCACACCCAUCAAGCUGACCGAGGCCCUGAUUGACCGCUUCGAGUACGUCGGCGAGUCGCCGCACAUGGCCAACCCGGUGCGCCUCCGCGUGUACAACGCCUUCAAGGGCUGGCUCGAAUCGCACUGGCGCGACGAGACGGACCGCGAGGCGCUGGCCUUUAUUGUCCCCUUUGCCGAGCACAGACUGGGCCUCAUCCUGCCUUCUGCUGGCCGCCGCCUGCUUGAGCUGGCGCAGCGUGUCAGCUCCAGCGACGUCACCCUGGUCCCCCGCCUGGUGUCGUCCAUGGGCAAGACGAACACGGCCAUCUCGCAGUACGUUCCUCUCGAGACGCCUCUGCCGCCCACAAACAUGUCCAAGAGCCUGCAGCACGGCCUGUCCAACUGGAAGAUGGGCGGCACCGCCCCCAUCAUCAUGGACUUUGACCCGCUCGAGUUUGCGCGGCAGAUCACAAUGCGGCAGAUGAGCAUUUUCUGCGCCAUCAUGCCCGAGGAGCUCCUCGGUUCGCAGUGGAUGAAGAAGGGCGGCCGGGACUCGCCCAACGUCAAGGCCAUGACGGCUCUGUCGACGGACCUCUCCAACUUGGUGGCCGACACCAUCCUGCAGUACCCCGAGGUCAAGAAGCGUGCCAGCGUCAUCAAACAGUGGAUCAAGAUUGCGCACCAGUGCUACGAGCUGCACAACUACGAUGCGCUGAUGGCCAUCAUUUGCAGCCUCAACAGCUCGACCAUUAGCCGUCUCCGCCGCACGUGGGAUGUGAUCUCGCCCAAGCGCCGCGAGAUGCUCAAGAUGCUGCAGGCCAUUGUGGAGCCGGCGCAGAACAACAAGGUCCUCCGCGGCCGCCUGCACGACCACGUGCCGCCAUGCCUGCCGUUCCUCGGCAUGUACCUGACGGAUCUGACGUUUGUCGACAUUGGCAACCCGGCGACCAAGCAGCUGCCUGGCCAGGAUAGCGGCGAGCCCAAUGGCGCCGGCUCCAACGGCUCGGGCAUGACGGUGGUCAACUUUGACAAGCACACGCGCACGGCCAAGAUCAUUGGCGAGCUCCAGCGCUUCCAGAUCCCAUACCGCCUGAUUGAAGUCCCGGACAUCCAGGACUGGAUUACCAGCCAGAUUACGCGUGUGCGCGAGCUCGAGACGCCCGGCAACAACAUGCAGGUGUCCUACUACCGCAAGAGUCUGCUGCUGGAGCCGCGCGAGAACCAAUCGGCCAUCAAGUCGGUGGUGGACGCCGGCACGUCGGCCGCUUCCACGGCGGCGCCUUUGAUCAAGGAGUCGUCUUCGUCUCGCACCGACCUCUUUGCCUGGAUGCGCGGUGGCAAUGCCAACAAUGCAACCAACAACGCCUCGAACGGCGCAAACUAA